AUGGAAGAUCGAUUUUGUAAAUGCUAUUCCACAUGGCGACGGCUUGUGAAUCUCCUGAACUGGCUGAGCGACCCCAACAAAAAGGCUGAGGUGCCGGACGAAAUAAAGGGUGAAAUCUUCGAAAAAGAGGAGAUGCUAAUCCCCGGAACAAGAGCAGACGGUAUUCGGACUAAAGAGGAUACUGAGCAGAAUAUCAAGGCCCCAGCUAGUGACCAGCCUAAAACAGCUACGUCCAGGCCGUACCGGAAGCCAACCGGUCCUACACGAAGAUUUCAAGAUAGACGGUCGAUGCUGCGAAAACGGCCCAACUUAGCAUUAGCUACAUCCAUUUCAGGAAGGAAACCUCAGAAGGUAUGGAGCAACACAACCUUGCUGGAAGAAGAAGCAGCUCCGGCAGAAUAUCAGCAGUUCGACGAGAUGGGCCAAAAAAUACAUGGAAAGGCAAAGCCGAAAGAACAAGGGAUGAGGAAAAAGACGAAUGAGGAAUUACGAUGGGCCACGAUAGAAAGUGAUAUUUUCACUGAUUUGACAUCAACGUCAGACUCGAUGGGCCUUUUGGAGUGGAAUGAACCCUCUGUGGACAAAUCCAUGCAGAUAAGCACAGGAGUGCUAGAGGCUCCGCUGAAGCAAGAGCAAGGCUUGUCUACAAGUCUUGAGUGUAAAUUCAGCCUCGAGGCUCGAACAGUCACUGCCGACUCACGGCCUGAUUCUCGGCUUGAGUCAGAAAGCGGCAUAUUAACAGUUGAGGGCCAGCCUUUACGAAACGUGUACGAAGCGAGGAAGCAAGAUAUGACGGAUAGUAUGCUCGGGUGUGUUCAGCUCUCGGCGAUUACGUCGACUGUCGGUAGGUCUCUUUAUUCCGAGUUGCCUAGCCUUCAGUCCAGUGCAGCUGUUUUAUUUAUAUAA